UUUAUUUAUGGCACGCGCGUGCACGUCGUGCUCUCGGGCUCUGUAACGCUGUCACGGAAUACAAUGUCAAACCUUUUAGGAGUAGCGCGAGCUUCCGUUUCCACACCAAGGGCAGGAGAUCCGUCGUGAUUUGUUUGUUUGUUUGUUUGUUUUGUGUGUUUGUUUAUUUGUGUGUUUAUUUAUUCGUUUUUUUAUUUCGCACCGGACUGACUCAACUUGAAGUGAUUAUUCUGCGCCAAAGUGAUGAUGUCUUCACAAUAAACUAAGCCAAGGUCUAUGAUAGAGCGACGAAGGAAGAAAUGGAGGUGACAAGGCGAAGAGACUCCAGUGGCCAGUUCUCUGACAACUCGGACAAUGACUGUGAGGUACAGAGGAAAGCAGCCUGAAGUGUAACGAAUGUGGGAAAAACAGGGCAAUAAUGGCCAGAUACUCAGAGGGCUAUGGCACUGAGGAGGAGUGUGUCCAGUCCGAUCCUCAGCGAGAGAGCGAUGCAGAUGCAGACGUAGAGGAUGCAGACACCAGACUACAGGUCGUGGGUUCCCUCCAGCGAAUCAGCUCUCGGAAGCGAAGACGUCAGCGAGUAACCCGGCAAGACACCACAGAGAGUGAGGACGAUGGGGGGCAGAGCCAAAGGAACCACCGCUGGAGUCUGAGAUUGAGUCCCCAUCGCUCACCCAACAGAACCAUACUAGAGGAAAGUGUUUCUCAGGUCAGGCCUCUGGUGAUUUGUCACUGUAAUCCAGCAGAUACCCCGGCUGCUUCAGAUAACCACCCCGACAAAGGAAAAUGGUUGACGAACAUAUGGCCUUUCUCUCUUUCUUCACCUCUUUUCUUCUUCCUGCUGUUUCUUCCCCUCUUUAUUUCCAUCAUAAUUGUGUUCUUUUCGUUCCUUUUCCCGCUCACGAAUACCUGACGUCCUCUGCAACAGGUACCUCAAGGAAUCUUUUUUGAUGAUAUUGUUGAUGAUGUGUACUAUGAGAAGCACAAAAAUUGGCCUUGAAGUGGAAGUGUCAUGUCUGAUACAUGCCAGCAAGUGGAUAUUAGUUGCAUUAAUUAUUUGAAAUUUUGAAAGAGUUUAAAAUGUCUGAAAGUUUAGUAAAUCCAUAAAAAUCACUGAUUUUUUUUGUCAGGUUGCUGUAAUAAUCCAUCAUAUUGCAUUUAUUAAUGGUUAUAAAAAAAAUCUAAAAUCCUAAUUAGAUUAUUAAUUUCCUAUUUAUUAUUACGGCUUGUUAUUAAAUGUCACCAUGAUUGUUUUGAGCUCCGACGUUAUUCUUACAUCACCAGUGCGCGUCUGUGUACAGUAUGUGUGUACGUACAGUAUAGAUGCUUGAUUGUUUGAUGGCCAAAGCAUCAUAGUAACAUGAUGCGUGUGUGGAAAGGUUUAAAGCAGAAACAAAUUACUAUGCAAUGUACAAAGUCUUUUAGGAUAGGUUUAUGAUAGAAAAUGCACAUUUCUGUUUUCAUUUUGUGAAUGCAUGGCUUUUUAAACUCAUAUUAAGCAAACCUCAACUGAUGCAUCAGAGCUGUGAUAAGUGGCAGAGCCUAUUACUUAUUUUGAUUAGGUUUUACCUAAAUGUUUUAAUAUUUAAGUGCUAGUUAUUUUUAAGUGUGAGGUACAUUUAAUGUUGUUUACUUUUCCUAUAUUGUACAUGCUUUUUUUUUUUUUUUUUUUUUUAAGUUAUCUUUAUAGCAGCCCUGAUGCAAUUGCUCAGGCAUUCCUAUUACAUAUUAUGUUAACUGCUAUUUAUUUUGUGCUUUUAUGUCACAUGCUUCUUCACAUUUCUUUCCAUGUCAUUUCAUGGUCUUAUGCUUUUCUUCUUAAGCUUUAAAAUGAAAAUGAGGUGUAUGUGAAAAUUUUGGGUCCAUUUGAACAUGAAUAAAAAAUAUGGUU